AAAUUUUUUUGUAAAACAAUGCAUUAAUUAUCAAUGAAUUCAGCCAGGCAAGUAUAGGGUUUUAUUUUGGUAACAUAAAAUCUGUAUUGCAAAAUCGUGAUUUAAAAACCUUUAAAUAUCUUAACUUUGUCAGUAUUAUUAUCCUUUGAUGCGAAGUCCUUUGGGUAGGCAUCAAUCCCACCAAAUGAUUUGCUUUCCUAAUGAAGUCCUUUGUUUAUCCCCAAGUAAUCCAAAGUGUUAAGCUUAAACCCCAAGGAAAAAAACCUAAUUUUACCUAAUUUUAAAAAAUAAUUUACAUUACGUAAAUUUUGCAUGCUUAGUACAUUGUGUAGAUUUAAAGAUCUUAAAGCUGAAAAAAUAAAUGUUGAAUGUUAAAAUGUGACAAUGAAAAAUUAUACUGAGGAAGGUUUUGUGAAAGUUCUGAUAAGCUACAACUGGUUUCGAAAUGGCCUCUUUUCAAUCAAUACAGUAUGAGAGAGUGUUCUCAACAGAAGAUGAAGAGGAGGAAUUGUCUGAACUACCACCAACCCUAGUUACUACAAGAGGUGCAGAAAAAAAUGGUAGAUGGAACCAUAUUGAGAAUUUGGAUGACUUUUUCAUAAGAAUAUACCGUUAUCAUCGAGAACAGGGAUUUGUAUGCUUGCUGCUUUCAGAUGUGUUUGCACUGAUCCAAUAUGUCUUUAUUGUUUUAUUUACCACAUUCCUUGCUGUUUGCGUUGACUAUAAACUCCUAUUCCGCGAUCCUAACCCAGUGUUUUCGAAAGUUGUUGAUUGGUCAAAGUUUCGAUUUAUACCUCCUGGGCUGGUGGUGUGUUUGAUAGUGGCUUUUGCAUUUUGGACUGUACGUCUUGUUAAAGUAAUACACAAUGGAUUUAAAGCAUGGGAAAUUCGUCAUUUUUUUCAUCAAGUGCUUCAGAUUACUGAUAACGAUCUUCAAAAUAUGCAAUGGGGUGAUGUACAGCAAAAAAUAGUUGAUGUUCAAGAGGUUUACCAGAUGUGUAUACACAAGAAGGACCUUACAGAACUUGAUAUUCACCACAGAAUCCUGCGUCAAAAGAAUUACAUGAUAGCACUUCAAAAUAAGGGAGUUGUAACUUGUGUUUAUAAAUUCCCAUUCGUUGGGCAUAGGACUUUCUUAACACAAGGAUUGAAGUAUAACUUAAAUUUAAUCCUCUUUAAGGGGCCUGGUGCUCCUUUUGAAAAGAGUUGGAAGAUAAAGUCUGAAUAUAAAGAUUACAGUUGUAGGACAGUGUUGGCAUCAUCAAUGGCAAGACAUAUUUUCUUACUUGGUAUUGCAAAUCUAAUUUUGUGCCCAUUUAUACUGAUAUAUCAGAUUUUGCACUCGUUUUUCAAGUACGCUGAGCUGAUAAAGCGUUCACCUGAUGUUUUCGGUGCUAGAAGAUGGUCUCCUUACGGUCGUUUAUAUUUACGUCAUUUCAAUGAGUUAGACCAUGAAUUUCGAAGUCGACUAAGUAAAUCAUAUGAUCCAGCUACCAAAUAUAUGAAUUCGUUCAUAUCACCCAUAUUAACUCUUUUCGCGAGAAAUAUCGCAUUUUUCUUGGGUGCAGUGUUAGCAGUGAUGUUAGGACUGUCAUUUUAUGACCAAGAUGUUUUGACAGCGGAACACGUCAUUUCAUUUAUGGCUACUUUAGGUAUACUAAUAAAAAUUUGUGCUGGAUUCAUUCCUGAUGAGAAUGCAGUAUUUAAUCCUGAAGCACUGAUGAAACAAAUAUUAUCUCAAACGCACUACAUUCCUGACGCAUGGAAAGGGAGAGCACAUACAAAAGAAGUGAGAGAUGAAUUCUCAAGAUUAUUCCAAUAUAAGUUUGUAUAUUUAUUAGAAGAAUUACUCAGCCCUUUGUUGACACCAUUCAUCUUAUGUUUUUACUUACCGCACAAAGCUCAACAAAUCGUUGAUUUUUAUCGAAAUUUCUCAGUCGAGGUUACCGGAGUUGGCGAUGUUUGUUCUUUCGCGCAAAUGGAUGUUCGAAAACACGGUGGAAAUAACCAGUGGACUGAUGGAAACGAUUCAAAGGAUGAUCGGUUACUGUCUACAGACAGACAAGCAGAGAACGGCAAAACCGAAUUAUCGUUGUUACACUUUUCGUUUAAAAAUCCAACCUGGAAGCCAUCAGAUAGUGGAAAACAAUUUAUCGAAACUAUUAAAGAACAUGCCAUUCAAGAAUCGUUGUCUAUGUCUCAGUCCUUUGUAUAUCAAAGACAAACAUCGAAUAAUGGUUUUCCAAAUCCAGCGUAUUUAGGUUCUAACAAUGAUUUUACAACUUUUAUCGGCAUACAAAAUUCGCUUCAAUCUCUUGCACAGCCCAACGAGAUGAGUUUGAUGCAACAAGAAGCGUUACUUAACACCAGCAUGUUGUAUUACAGACAGUCAAAUGAUCGCAACCAGAGUUAUCCGCCUAUGACAACUAAUAUUCCAUCAAAUGACGCAGCAGAACACGGUGAAGAACAUAUGCAUCAAACAUGGCCUGGUUUAAGUCAACCGGUUCCACAGCCUACCGAAACUAGCCUCGAUACAAGGUGGAACGAAGAAUCAAAGCUAUAACCUUUAAUUUUUUUUAACGAAUCUUAGAAAUAUAGCUUGCUUGUAGUUAUUUUAACAUUUAACAUAAAAUUACACUUUAUCGUGAUGUCACCGUUGGUUAGUGUGUUAUUUAAAAGCAUAGCUUAGAUAUUUACCGCAAUCAAAGUUAAUAUAGGUUAAAUCAUACAGGGUUGACAACCACAUAUUCAAAACUUUUUGCACUCUUUUGUGUUGUUUAUAUUUUUUCGUGUACAAGUUUUAAGUCUAAAUAAUUAAUUUUGUUUGUUUAACUUGUUUUACUAUUUGUAUAUUUAUAAAUAAUGUUUAAAAAAUAUGUAUGUUAAAACGUAGAAAGAACCAAUUUUGUAUG